CUUGCAGCUCGGGGAGGCAAGUGGAACUAAACCUGCGGCAGGUUUAAAUGUGUAUUUGGCUACUUGGCUACUGAGUAGAGAACACAAAAUGAAUAACUCAACCAACUCCUCUAACAGUGGCCUGGCUCUGACCAGUCCUUAUAAGACAUUUGAAGUGGUUUUUAUUGUCCUUGUCGCUGGAUCCCUCAGUUUGGUGACCAUUAUUGGCAACAUCCUGGUCAUGGUCUCCAUCAAAGUCAACCGACACCUCCAGACAGUCAACAAUUACUUUUUGUUCAGCUUGGCCUGUGCUGACCUCAUCAUUGGUGUUUUCUCCAUGAACUUGUACACUCUUUACACUGUGAUUGGCUACUGGCCUUUGGGCCCCGUGGUGUGUGACCUUUGGCUAGCUCUGGACUACGUGGUCAGUAAUGCCUCAGUAAUGAAUCUGCUCAUCAUCAGCUUUGACAGGUACUUCUGUGUCACGAAGCCGCUCACCUACCCCGUCAAGCGGACCACAAAAAUGGCAGGUAUGAUGAUUGCUGCUGCGUGGGUCCUCUCCUUCAUCCUCUGGGCUCCGGCCAUUCUCUUCUGGCAGUUCAUUGUAGGGGUGAGAACUGUGGAGGAUGGUGAAUGCUAUAUCCAGUUUUUUUCCAACGCUGCUGUCACCUUUGGCACUGCCAUUGCAGCCUUCUAUUUGCCUGUGAUCAUCAUGACUGUGUUAUACUGGCACAUAUCCCGAGCCAGUAAGAGCAGGAUUAAGAAGGACAAGAAGGAGCCCGUGGCCAACCAAGAACCAGUUUCUCCAAGUUUGGUACAAGGAAGAAUAGUGAAGCCAAACAACAAUAAUAUGCCUGGCAGUGAUGAAGCCCUGGAGCACAACAAAAUCCAGAAUGGCAAAGCUCCCAGGGAUGCUGUGACUGAGAACUGUGUCCAGGGAGAGGAGAAAGAAAGCUCCAACGAUUCCACCUCAGUCAGUGCUGUUGCCUCUAAUAUGAGAGAUGAUGAAAUAACCCAGGAUGAAAACACAGUUUCCACUUCCCUGGGCCAUUCCAAAGAUGAGAACUCAAAGCAAACAUGCAUCAAAAUUGUCACCAAGACCCAAAAAAGUGACUCAUGUACCCCAACUAAUACCACUGUGGAGCUUGUUGGUUCUUCAGGUCAGAAUGGAGAUGAAAAACAGAACAUUGUCGCUCGCAAGAUUGUGAAGAUGACCAAGCAGCCUGCAAAAAAGAAGCCGCCUCCUUCCCGGGAAAAGAAAGUGACCAGGACGAUCUUGGCUAUUCUGUUGGCUUUCAUCAUCACUUGGGCCCCAUACAACGUCAUGGUGCUCAUUAAUACCUUCUGUGCACCCUGCAUCCCCAACACAGUGUGGACAAUUGGUUAUUGGCUCUGUUACAUCAACAGCACUAUCAACCCUGCCUGCUAUGCACUUUGUAAUGCCACCUUCAAGAAGACCUUUAAACACCUUCUUAUGUGUCAUUAUAAGAACAUAGGCGCUACGAGGUAAAACAUCUUUGUAAAGAAGGAAGGUAGUCAAGAGGAGCUUGAGGAACAGAAAAAGAAUGAAAGAGCUCCUAGUUUUAAAAUCUCUGCCAUUGCACUUUAUAGUCUUAUUAAUGGAAUGUGCAAUUAAGGAGCCCUACAGUGACACUUACUGUGCCUCUGCUCCAAUUUGAGAAACUUGCACCUUAUAAACCCUGCCAGUUUAGGAGCAAUGAGACCAUAAAAGAGACGUGUUGGAAUUGUGGAUUUAAGGAACGAUCUGUGGUUUCUCAUACUCUCUUGAAGAAGGGCUUCUGAAUAUAUAAUUUUAUCUCUGCACACAAAAAUAAUAACCUCUUUUCUUUUUUGUUCACAUUUUUGUUACCUUGUGUCCAUAUGAGGAUGAAAUGCCACAAUUACAACCUAACCUCGAGACUUAAACAUAAAGAAAGCCAUUAUACAAUGAAGAAGUGAAGAAGGAAGAUCAAAAAAGGGUGUAGAAGUGGACUCCAGAGUGUUAAUAUAUAUUAUAAUUUUAUUACGGUUUGUGGGGAAUUGCAACCUAAUAAAUGUUUAUCCUUCUUUGCCAUACCCUUUUCCCACCAUCAAAAGAGAGCAAAGCAAACAAAACCAAAAAUCUUAACUAUAUCACAUCAUUAUUUUUCUCAUUAUGGCAUUGGUUUUUGUACAUUGUGUAAGGGCAAAAUCUGCAGGACUUCUGCUAAAUACAACCAGAGACAGCCAUGCAAAAGGGUGUUUUACUCCUGCGCACUGUGUAUUUUACCUUCUUUGGAGGUAUGCAGCCCUGUGAGGAUUUAGUUCACAUAUGAUCGUUCCUGUGAAAUAUUUUCACCAAUCUAGUUUUCUACUAAACUAGCCUAUUAUUUGAAUAUAAUAGCCUACCUAAUGUAGAAACAUGCUUGAAAAACCAAAGUCAUUUUUAAAUUGAGGUUUCAUCAAAUUAAAUAAUGGUCAUUCUUGUUGGAGAAAGUUUACUGAAGCCAGAUGAAUUCUGAGAUAAGAAAAUAGAAGGUGGAAAGGGCAUCAUGUUUCCACCUGAAUCUGCCUGACCCAUGUAUAAAAUGUUAACUUGUAAAACAUGAACUCCUGGUCUUUGUCAGCAGGAAGAAGAUGUUGCUUUAUUCAUCUGGAAUCUUAAAUAGGAUUAAACAUAGUCAUGUGGCACCAAUGACUUUUGGGUCAGUCCCAAGAGAAUGCUUACUAAAGGAUGAUAUCCAGUUUAGAGUCCAAUGAGAUUUAUAACCAUUCUGUAACCUGUGGAGGAAAAAAAGGAGAGUAAUUCAAAAAACUUUACUGAAGCCACAUGUUUUGUGUUCCUCAAACUGUCAAUUCUCCCUAAAAUUUUUUAACUCCAAAAUUCUGUCAAUGAGAAGUAUAGUAAUCUUGAUGGCAGAAGUGUCAUGGAUAUCAAACAGGCCAAGUGAGCUCAGCAGAAUAUGAAAGAAGGUAGGUAAAAGAAGGUAGUGGCACUUCCCACUGUUCCUUUAGUUAUAGACCUUAGAAAAUCAUAACAGGAAUGAUUACCCAGUGAUGGCUUUACGUAGACUCUUGUCUAUAUAGAGACUUUUUAUUGGCCAAUAAAUUUAUGAUUAUAUUGAUUCA